CCGCCUCAUUAAAGCUGACGUACUUCCCGUCCAUCGGGCGUCUCAGUGGCGCUUUAUCGUCUCUUGUUGUUGUUGUUGUUGAUUUUUUCCUGCAUUGUCUGCCAGGCUUUUCGCCACGGCAGUUGGGUUUUACUUCGCUGUUAGGAGUUAAAAAGCACCGUGAACACUUUAGUUGUGGGGGAGGACGAAGGCAGUAUUGGCGCCAUGGAUGACGUUGGUUUGCGGUGAGAAGUAUCCCCCUUGGCGGAAGAGACGUCCAAACAACCGGCUGGCUUCAUGAAGCUGCCGACUGCUCACAAAUAGCUGCCAUAAAGUCUGCCACUGUCAAUCUGUGUCAACAAUGGAGCUCUCUCAGGUGACCCUGACUGUGAGAGGAGAAACAUCUCCAGGGGAGGUGAUUGCCGUCGUUGGAAGCUGUGAAAGCCUGGGCGACUGGAGCCAUCAAAAAGCGGCAAUCCUGCACCCCGCCAGUGAGGAUGGGAUCACAUGGACGACAUCGCUCGCCAUCCCCAAGGGAGUUGUGGUCAAGUACCGCUAUUUUAAAGGCUUCUUUUUGGAGGCAAAGAGUGCAGACGGUCCUUGUCAGGUGAUAGUCAAUAUGUGGGAGACCCAUCAUCAGCCCCGCAGCAUGAGCCCCACAGCAUCUCACCUGUGUGUCAACGAUGGAUGUUUUGGAAUUCACAACGGGGUGAAGUGUGUCGACAGCGGCUGGCUGACGUGUCAGACGGAGAUUCGCUUGCGUCUGCACUUUUCCAAGACGUCUCCGGUGUCCAUCACAAAGAAGAAAUUCAAGAAGUCCCGCUUCAGGAUCAAGUUGACCCUGGAGGGUAUUGAGGAAGAGGAGGACGAUGAAGAAGAAGAUGUAAUGAGCCGCUCGUCCCUGCACAAGAUGACCACCACUCUGGAGAUCAGCAUGAUCACUGCCAAAGCCUACAAGUCGCGCCACUCUCAGCCCGAGUGCGGGUACGCCCUGGAGCCCUCACGCUGGACCGAGUACAGCAUCCACACCAUGGACCCCGACAACCUGGAGCUCACCUUUGAGUUCUUUGAGGAGGAGCUGAGUGAGCACGUGGUCCAGGGCGAUGCCCACCCGGGCCACGUGGGUACCGCCUGCCUCCUCUCUUCCUCCUUCUUGGAGAGCGGCAAAGACAACGGCGUGGUCACGCUGCCCAUCAUGGGACGCAACUCCCGGCAGACCAUCGGCAAAGUCCGAGUGGACUACCUGGUGAUCAGGCCCAUACCGGGGCUGCCGUGCGGCAUGAGAGCCUCCUUCACCAAGUACUGGAAGAAAAGAAGCGCUCUGGACGUGGGGCACAGAGGAGCCGGCAGCACACACGCCGCCAAGCACCACAGAGUCCGAGAGAACACCAUUGCCUCCUUCAAGAGCGCCGCCAAGCAUGGUGCCGCCUACGUGGAGUUUGACGUCCACCUUUCUAAAGACGCUGUUCCCAUCGUGUACCACGACCUUACAUGCUGCAUCUCCACCAAGAAGAAAAACGACCAGACUCUGGAGCUCAUCGAGGUGCCAGUGAAAGACCUGACAUUCCAUCAGCUGCAGCUUCUGAAGCUGGCGCACGUCACUGCCAUGAAAGGAAAUGAUGUGAAAGCUUCAGACGUGCCGGAGGACGAGGAUGACAUCGACGAGCAUCAGCCCUUUCCGUCGCUCUCGCAGCUCUUCCAGGCGCUUCCUGAGCACGUGGGCUUCAACAUCGAGCUGAAGUGGAUAUGUCAGAUGAAGGACGGGUCAUGGGAAGGCAACGUGUCGUCCUUCUUCAACAUGAACAAGUUCCUCGACAUCAUCCUGUCCUGCGUCCUGCAGAACGCAGGAAAAAGACGUGUGGUGUUCUCUUGCUUUGAUCCGGAUGUCUGCUCCAUGGUGCGCCGCAAACAGAACAAGUACCCCAUCCUCUUCCUGACUCAGGGCAUCUCAGAGAAGUACCCCGAGCUGAUGGACAUCCGCUGCCACAGCACGGAGAUCGCCAUGAGCUUUGCUCAGAGCGAGGACAUCCUGGGAAUCAGCGCUCACACUGAGGAGCUGCUGACUAACCUGAGCCUGAUCGGGGAGGCGCAGAGCAAAGGCCUGGUGGUGUUCAGCUGGGGCGACGACAACAACGAGCACGAGAACAGGAGGCAACUGAGAGAGCAGGGCAUCGACGGCCUCAUCUACGACAGGAUCUGCGAGGACCAAGGAGAGCAGCCCAACAUCUUCCAGGUGGAGGAGCAACACUCCCUGCGGGAGGUGAUCACUGAGGAGACCCUCAAGAGCCCCACCUGCUCCUGCUACUCCAUCCCCUGCUCCACGGCGCCGUGCGUCACCACCAAGGAGCGGGCUGGCAGCGCCGAGUCCGAUUCGGGCCUCAGCUCCUCGUAGCACUCUCCGUCCUCACAAAAGGGUUCUUGUGUAUAUUAUUAUUGUUAAUAUUAUUAUUAUUAUCAUCCAUCGAGCAAAGGCUCGGCAUUUCCUUUUGCACGUCCAUCACAUUAUAACAUCACGACUCUAUUUAUACGCACAAGAUUGCCAUCGCACAUUUUGAUUGUAGGGAGUAGGACUAAUAUCUAUCAAGCAGGGAUAUUUAACUCUGAUUUUAACCAAUACAGGUGCCAUUAUCUUGUUUUUGUGUGUGCAUGUAGCCAUUACCUUAAAGCGGGGGUGCCUAAAGUCCCACCUGAGGGCCAUUUGUGGCCCGUAGCUUGUUUUUUAUUGGCCCGUCCUUGGCUUACCCGCAUCGUCCCGGGGCCGUGUUUCUUGAAAACAAAUGUGCUGAUGAGAAAGUGUACAUAUCCGUGCUACUGGGUGGACAUGAAGAUGGAAAAAAAAAUAUAUAUAUAUUAUUUAGACUUAAACCCCCUUUUAUGCAUGUGCCGUUGCGGCCUAAAAACUCCCAAAACAUAAUAUCUUCGUGUAAAUCAACUUUAUUCAAUAAAGUUAAACAAAAUAGCACAGUUUGGCAAUAAAGAACACAUUUUGAUAUUUAUGACGUUUCGUGGAUGUGUAGCAUGGGUUUAUUGACAGUUGUGUACAUUUAGUGGGGCCCAUGCGGUUGAUAACGUUUUUUUUAACCCAAACAUCAAAACAACAUAAAUAAGUUGCAUUGUCAAAUAUAUCACAAAGCUGAGCUGUAGGCUUUUUUUCUAGGGGUGCACGACAAUUAUCUGGUCGAUAUGAGGGAAUUAUGACACCAUGCCGAGAAAUCCCAUUAAAAAUAGCUCGAUAACCAAUCAUUUAAAAAAAAUGCUCCAAUGAGGUGAGAUUACCCGUGCUGUGUGGGUAAGCAAAUCAAGCGCUCUUUUGUUCUCCUGCCUUUGGCAUUAACGGCCAGCAGUAACUUCCCCUGGCCUCACACCGGCUGCCCGAAUACAGUGCACCUUGCUGGGCCACAGAGGUGGCUCCUCCCCCUCUAUACUCUGGUUCUCCUGAUAGUAGUGAUGUGCUAGUAGUGAUGUUUAAUAUUUCAUUAGGACUAAUCAACUAAUCCUAAUUUGUUCCGGUCCUUCUUACCCCCAGGUAACACAAACUGCACUUCAAUCUAAAUUGUAAAACAGUAGAUAUAAAAGAGUUAUUGGUUGUCAGUAUCCUAUGGGUUUUGACAAGCAGGAAGUAAUGAGUAUUGGUUUGAAAAAUCGUGCUUCUCUACUGCUUGCUUAGCAUUACUUUCUCUACGUACAUUGGAUAGAUUUUUGUGUGUUUAACAAAAAAUGAUAAGUAUGAAAGUGGGUCCUACAACUUGUGGUUUUUUAGUUUGAACACCCGCGCCUUAACGCAUCAUUUGAAUGCUCCAUCGGCAUGACGUGAUCAUCCCUAACCGCCAGGGGGUGCGGGGAGCGGAGGUGUAUUUCAGUAGUUGCAUAGCUGAAGUUGUGCUUUUCACAGAUUGUGCUGGUUGCCAUUGGUGGAUUUCUGAUCAUCCUUUUGCAGAACUUGAAGCUGAAAAAAGUGCAACGUGUCAACAUUAAUGGUGCUCAGAUUUCCACAUUGACACGUACUCUCAGUGAUUUAUGAUGUAAUUCAUGGAUUCUCGUAUCUGAUGUAAUAUUCUAAAGUGCGCAUAGCACAGCCUUCUAGUCAUGAGCGGGGGAGUUACUCCUUUUUACCUUCUGUUACAAUAUUUCUAGUUCCCUCGGUCAUCACUUAGAACUGCUUCACAGCAGUGUAGAGGCGGGAAGUUGCAUGUGCAGCAAAUGAACGUAUAACUACUCCGUUUACAUGAGCAGAGUAGUCACACAUCAGGGCAUGAACAAGUGUGUAAUUCCUUCUGUAAAUAAAACAAACCGUUCUUG